GCCCGCGUACGUCAUCACUGCGCGCUGCGCGGGAACCCCUGGGAGGAGACGCCCCUUCCUAACGCCCUCGCUUCCUUGCUCGCUCUGGAAUCACCGCACCGCAGUUAGCGUGGGUCUGGAGGGCUCCUAAGGUGACUGGGCAGGGACGGAAGGUCGGGAGCUCUGGCAACCAGAACGACAGAGGCAGUAGCUGAGGGGCGUGUCAGAGGUGAAGGUUUCCUGAUCAUGACCUCCACCGGCCAAGAUUCCACCACAACCAGGCUUCGAAGGAGUAGGCACAACCCCCAGUCGCCCCUUCACGACUCCAGUGUCACUUGGAAGCGAAGUAUUAAGAAGGGUGCUGUACCCCGCUCCAGCCCCAGUCUAGCAGAGGUGAAGAAGAAGGGCAAAAUGAAGAAACUCGGUCAAGCAGCGGAAGAUGACCUAAUCAUGGGUCUUCAAGGGCUGGAUAUGAACCCUGAGGCCAAGGUCCUUGUUGGCACUGGGCUGGUGUUCGAUGAGCAGCUAAAUGAAUUCCAUUGCCUCUGGGAUGACAGCUUCCCUGAACGUCCUGAGCGGCUCCAUGCCAUCAAGGAGCAGCUGAUCCAGGAAGGGCUCCUGGAUCGCUGUGUGUCCUUUCAGGCCCGCUUUGCUGAAAAGGAAGAGCUGAUGUUGGUUCACAGCCUAGAAUUUAUUGACCUGAUGGAAACGACCCAGCAUAUGAAUGAGAGAGAACUCCGACUACUAGCGGAUACCUAUGACUCAGUUUAUCUGCAUCCGAACUCUUACACCUGUGCCUGCCUGGCCUCAGGCUCUGUCCUUAGGCUGGUGGAUGCGGUCCUGGGUGCUGAGAUACGGAAUGGCAUGGCCAUCAUCAGGCCUCCUGGACACCACGCCCAGCACAGUCUUAUGGAUGGGUAUUGCAUGUUCAACCAUGUGGCUGUGGCUGCCCGCUACGCUCAAAAGAAGCACCGCAUUCAGAGGGUCCUUAUUGUGGACUGGGAUGUGCACCAUGGUCAAGGAACACAGUUCACUUUUGAUCAGGACCCCAGUGUCCUCUAUUUUUCCAUCCAUCGUUAUGAGCAGGGUCGGUUCUGGCCCCACCUUAAGGCCUCUAACUGGUCUACUACUGGUUUUGGCCAGGGUCAAGGUUACACCAUCAAUGUGCCUUGGAACCAGGUGGGGAUGCGGGACGCUGACUACAUUGCUGCUUUUCUGCACAUCCUGCUACCAGUUGCCUUUGAGUUCCAGCCUCAGCUGGUCCUAGUGGCUGCUGGAUUUGAUGCCAUACAAGGGGAUCCCAAGGGUGAGAUGGCCACCACUCCGGCAGGGUUCGCCCAGCUAACCCACUUGCUCAUGGGUCUGGCAGGAGGCAAGCUGAUCCUGUCUCUGGAGGGUGGCUACAACCUUCGCUCCCUGGCUGAGGGCGUCAGUGCAUCACUCCACAUCCUUCUGGGAGAUCCUUGCCCCAUGCUGGAGUCCCCCGGUGCCCCCUGCCCCAGUGCCCAGGCUUCAAUCUCCUCCACUCUGGAAGCCCUUGAGCCUUUCUGGGAGGUUCUUGUGAGACCAGCAGAGACCCCAGAGGAGGACAGUGUAGCGGAGGAUGGUGUGCAGGAGAUCCAGGAGGAAGGACCCUGGGAACCCCCUGUGCUGCCAAUCCUGACCUGGCCCUUGCUACAGGCACGAACUGGGCUGAUUUAUGACGAGCGGAUGAUGAGUCACUGCAACUUAUGGGACAGCCACCACCCUGAGACACCCCAGCGCAUCCUGCGGAUCAUGUGCCACCUGGAGGAGCUGGGCCUUGCCGGGCGCUGCGUCACCCUGCCUGUGCGGCCUGCCACGGAGGCGGAGUUGCUCACCUGCCACAGUGCCGAAUAUGUGGAGCGCCUCCGAGCAACUGAGAAGAUGAAAACCCGAGAGCUGCACCGGGAGGGCGCCAACUUUGACUCCAUCUACAUCUGCCCCAGCACCUUCACCUGUGCACAGCUUGCUACGGGCUCUGCCUGCCGCCUUGUGGAGGCUGUGCUCUCAGGAGAGGUUCUGAAUGGUGUGGCCGUGGUUCGCCCCCCAGGGCACCAUGCAGAGCAGGACACUGCCUGCGGUUUCUGCUUUUUCAACUCUGUGGCUGUGGCUGCUCGCCAUGCCCAGGCCAUCAGUGGGCAUGCCAUGCGAAUCCUGAUCGUGGAUUGGGACAUCCAUCAUGGUAAUGGAACUCAGCACAUAUUUGAGGAUGACCCCAGCGUGUUAUAUGUGUCCCUGCACCGCUUUGACCGAGGCACCUUCUUUCCCAUGGGGGACGAGGGUGCCAGCAGCCAGGUGGGCAAGGCUGCAGGCACAGGCUUCACCGUCAAUGUGGCCUGGAAUGGGCCCCGAGUGGGUGAUGCUGAGUACCUGGCUGCCUGGCAUCGCCUGGUGCUUCCCAUUGCCUAUGAGUUUAACCCGGAACUGGUACUGGUCUCAGCUGGCUUUGAUGCGGCACGAGGGGACCCACUAGGGGGCUGCCAGGUGUCACCCGAAGGUUAUGCCCAUCUCACCCACCUGUUGAUGGGCCUUGCCAAUGGUCGCAUCAUCCUUAUCCUAGAGGGUGGCUACAAUCUGACAUCCAUCUCAGAAUCCAUGGCUGCCUGUACUCACGCACUUCUUGGAGACCUGUCACCCCAGCUGGCUCUGCUGCGGCCUCCACAGUCUGGGGCUCUGGCCUCCAUCACUGAGACCAUCCAAGUCCAUCGAAGAUACUGGCGCAGCUUACGAGUCACAAGGAAGGUUCUGGAAGCAGGCAUGAGGAAGCCAACCUCAGCAUUAUCUACAGAAGAGUCCAGUCCAGGCCAGACUAAACCAGAGGCAGCUAAAGUGGUGCUCACUCGGGACCAGUCCUCAGAGACAGCCACUGGAAGAGCCACCCUGGAGAAAGGCCCAUCAGCCUCAGAGGACGCUGUGGGAGGAGCUGAGCUGAACCAAACUCCUCAAGCCUCAUGUACAGAAAAGCAGACCUCGGCAGCCUCACCUGUGCCAGGAGCCACAGCCCUGCUCCCUCCCAGUCAGCUGACUGGGAAUCCUAAGACCUUGGAACUAGGCAAGGAAGCUCUGGAGACCCUGGAACCUCAGGCCCUUGGAGAGGAGAGCCUACUAGGAGAGGCAGCUGGAGGUCAGGAUGUGGAUGACUCACAGCUGACACAGGGAUUUCAGGACCUUGCUGACACUAACCAGGACAUAUUACAUGCUGUGACACCACUGCUCUGGUGUCCCCAUCUGGUAGCAGUACGCCCCAUGUCUGCAGCAAACCUGGACGUGACCCAACCCUGUAAGGACUGUGGAACACUCCAGGAGAACUGGUUGUGUUUGUCCUGCUAUCAGGUCUACUGCAGUCGUUAUGUCAACGCUCAUAUGGUCCGACACCACGAAGUAUCUGGACACCCGCUAGUCCUCAGCUACAUCGAUUUGUCUACCUGGUGUUACCCUUGUCAGGCCUAUGUCCACCACCAGGAUCUCCUAGAUGUGAAGAACAUCACCCAUCAGAAGAAGUUUGGGGAGGACAUGCCUCACCCACACUAAGUCCCAGAAAGUGCUCCCUCUUCUCCACCCUCUAAGGCCCCAGACAGACCAGCCUCAUUUCUUGGGGUUUUUUUGGGGGGGGGGGUACUGGGGAUCGAACUCGGGCAGACCAGCCUCAUUUCUUACAACCUAUACCUUGGAUGAGGGUGGCCUCUGCCCCAUCAUGAAUAUCCUUUGCCAGUGGCCCAAGGAUGCUUAUUUAGGUGUAAAUACACUUUAAGAGGACUAUGAUAAUUGGUUGUGGAUCUACCCCUGUCCAUUGCCAGUUCGAGGGACACCAUUACUCUACCCCAGAAGGAAAGAGGGGGCAGAAAUCAAAAGGAUAACAUUGGGGGGGGACAACUGGCAGUUAUGGCAGGGUUGCAUAUUUAAUAAACAUCAAGUUGUUAUGAAACCUGGA